AUGGCACACCUUGCAACCAAAUGGCCAAACUCUCCUCCGCUCGAUUCAAUGCCCGAAACCUUUACGGAGUUUCCCGAUCUCCUACUCGAAAUCCAACGUGAAAUAUGGACAUAUCUUCUCCCUGGUCCGCGAGUUAUACACAUCAUGGGGUCGCCCAGGGCAAAGGGACAGUGCUUUGUGGACAUGAUAGAGAACCCUCUGCUACUUCGCAUUUGCCAAGAAUCUCGAGCCAUUGCCUGCAAACGGUACCGAUUAUCCUUCGAGCCUCAUCUUCGCCGUCCAAUUUAUUUCGACUUUUCCUCGGAUAUCUUGCUCAUGCAGAAUGAAAAGGUCCUGAGCAUGUUCUUCGAAAGAAGCAAGGGAUCCAUCACCAGCGAAGUGACGAUGGUCAAGGUCCUUGCUAUCGGCUUGCCAUUUGAGGAAACAGCGGCUUCACUGCAUGUUAUUAGUCGCCUUCUUUUCGUGAUGGCCAUACACACUGGGGUGAUCAAUGCAGCGACGCGUUUUGGCAAUCUGCGAGAAAUCUUCUUACUGACCACUGAGCCGCGGCGGUCGGAUUUCGAGAAUGCUCUUCUCUCGGAUGAGUAUUUGACAAAAAUGAGAAUGUCUUACUCGGGUCUCCAGGAUCCAUAUGCUCUGAAACGACGAGAGUUCCUCAAGGAUGAAGAUGGGAGCAUUCCUACCACUACACUCAUGACAGCUGUAGACUUUUGGAACCGGUUCCCUUGA